CAUAGGCAGGGAGAGGCACAGGCUGCUGCGAGAGGAGCCCGGAGAUUGCGCGCUGCGAAGCAUUUCCCAGCCUUGGGGGACUCACACUCUCACUCACUCUCACAUACGCACAUGGUCUCUUCCUUGCAAAGUUUCGCCUGCGAUUACUCCGGGACUUUCCUGCUCCGCUCCGAGCUGUAACCUUGAACUUUGGUAGCGUGGUGACAGCGCAACCACCGCUAACUUCUCCAAAAAGCAAACAGCAAAAAUCCCCCCCCCCCCCGCCCCCGAAAACCCCCUUCCUCCGAAAUCCAGCCGCAGAAGCAGCAGCAGCAGCAAAAGCGAGACUCCUGCGCCGCCGACAACAAGAGGGUUAAAAGUGUAGAUUGGAUUUCACCCCGGGAAAGCGAGCACACGGAGUGAACUUGAAUCUUUGGCUAUUUAAGGAGGACUGGGGUUUGCUGUGAAGUUGCGGUGAUCCAGGGGCAGAAUCCCGGCCUGAUUGAUUUCAUCUUCCUUGCGUUCUCAGAUGUCUAAAAUGAAUAGAUGAAAUUAUUCCCUUUUGAGGCUUUUCUUAGGGGCUCUCCGGGAAGUGUGUUCUCAAAGCGAAGUCAUGAUGUAUUCUCCCAUCUGUCUCACUCAGGAUGAAUUUCACCCGUUCAUUGAGGCACUUCUACCACAUGUCCGUGCAAUUGCCUAUACUUGGUUCAACCUUCAGGCUCGAAAACGCAAGUACUUUAAAAAACAUGAGAAGCGAAUGUCAAAGGAUGAGGAAAGAGCAGUCAAGGAUGAGCUACUUAGUGAAAAGCCUGAAAUUAAACAGAAGUGGGCAUCCAGGCUCCUCGCCAAACUCCGCAAAGAUAUCCGCCAAGAGUACCGGGAGGAUUUUGUGCUCACUGUUACUGGGAAGAAGCACCCAUGCUGUGUAUUGUCCAAUCCUGACCAGAAGGGUAAGAUUAGGAGAAUCGAUUGCCUGCGACAGGCUGACAAAGUCUGGCGUCUGGAUCUAGUCAUGGUGAUCCUGUUCAAAGGCAUCCCCUUGGAAAGUACGGAUGGAGAGCGACUCAUGAAAUCCCCACAUUGCACAAAUCCAGCACUUUGCGUCCAACCACAUCACAUAACAGUAUCAGUCAAGGAGCUUGAUUUGUUUUUGGCAUACUACGUGCAGGAGCAAGAUUCUGGACAAUCAGGAAGUCCAAGCCACAAUGAUCCUGCCAAGAAUCCACCAGGGUACCUUGAGGAUAGUUUUGUAAAAUCUGGAGUCUUCAAUGUGUCAGAACUUGUGAGAGUAUCCAGAACGCCUAUUACCCAGGGAACUGGAGUAAACUUCCCGAUUGGAGAGCUUCCAAGCCAGCCAUACUACCAUGAUAUGAAUUCGGGUGUAAAUCUACAGAGGUCACUGUCCUCCCCACCAAGCAGCAAAAGACCCAAAACUAUCUCCAUAGAUGAAAAUAUGGAACCAAGCCCAACUGGAGACUUUUAUCCCUCUCCAAAUUCACCAGCUGCUGGGAGUCGGACAUGGCAUGAAAGAGAUCAAGAUAUGUCUUCUCCUACAAUGAAGAAGCCUGAGAAGCCUUUGUUUAGCCCUACAUCUCCUCAGGAUUCUUCAUCGAGACUGAGCACUUUCCCCCAGCAUCACCAUCCAGGAAUCCCAGGAGUUGCACACAGUGUCAUCUCAACCAGAACUCCACCUCCACCUUCGCCAUUGCCAUUUCCAGCACAAGCUAUUCUCCCUCCUGCCCCGUCUAGCUACUUCUCUCAUCCAACGAUCAGAUAUCCUCCCCAUCUGAAUCCUCAGGAUACUCUGAAGAAUUAUGUACCUUCUUAUGACCCGUCCAGUCCACAGACGAGCCAGCCUAACAGCAGUGGUCAAGUAGUAGGAAAAGUGCCUGGCCAUUUUACUCCAGUUUUGGCACCCUCUCCCCAUCACAGUGCGGUGAGACCUGUGACUCUGACCAUGACAGAUACUAAACCCAUCACUACAUCCACUGAAGGUGAGGCAUCUUCACCUACAGCAACCACCUACACAGCCUCAGGCACAUCCCAAGCCAAUCGAUAUGUGGGACUAAGCCCAAGAGACCCAUCCUUCCUACACCAGCAACAGCUGAGGAUUUGUGACUGGACCAUGAAUCAAAACGGCAGGCAUUUAUACCCCAGUGCCAGUGAGGAUACAUUGGGAAUUACUUGGCAAAGUCCUGGUACCUGGGCUAGCUUGGUCCCUUUUCAAGUAUCAAACAGGACACCAAUCCUGCCAACAAAUGUCCAGAAUUAUGGUUUGAACAUAAUUGGAGAGCCUUUCCUUCAAGCAGAAACAAGCAACUGAGGGAAAAUGGAACAAAACAAAAAUUAUAAAGAAAAAAAGAGAAAGGAAGACAGGACAAAAAAAAAAAAUGAAA